AUGUACUCGACUGACCUUCGCAGUCCUGAUUUGUGGAGCCUCGCCGCGCGCGGACUCUAUUGUUUAGACUCUCCCAAGCCUGCUCGAUUUGGGAACCCACUAUUCCGGUCUGGCGCCGCCCCGGAUUCUGGGACGUGGCAGAACCAUCAGCUUCGCCUUUCAUCAGGGACAUUGACGGUGCCUGAAAUAAUUUGUGCGUAG